AGAUUAGUAUGAUAUCAACAACAAGUUAAUGCAUAGAUUUAGGAAAAGCUGUGGAAGAAUAGAAAACUUCCUCUUUUUCGAGGUACAGCAUAAUCAUUAAAAUGUCCACAGUUAGACAAAGAAUCAGCGACAAUGCAGACAAGGCAGAAACGGAGGACAAUAAAAAUGCACCAAAAGAAGAGGAAGAAGAAACUCCAGAAGGACUCGAUUUAUCAGGAUCUCUACUCCCGCAGGCCACAGACCAAACCUCAGAAGUUCUAGAUUCAGCAUUAAAGACUUUACCACCAAGAUGGAGGAAUUGGAUUGUACGAGGCAUUUUUUCUUUGGUGAUGAUCUUUUCAUUUUUUUUCCUCAUAUAUCUUGGGCCACUGGCACUGAUGUUACUGAUAUUGGUAAUCCAACUCAAAUGUUUCAACGAGAUCAUCACUAUUGGCUAUGUUGUCUAUAGGUCACAUGAUCUUCCGUGGUUCCGUACAUUAAGUUGGUAUUUUUUGUUCGCCUCUGAUUACUUCCUGUAUGGAGAAAAUAUAAUCGAUAGGUUUGGACUGUUACUAUCUCGAGAUGAUUUUCUGGAACCUUUUGUAAAAUACCACCGCUUCAUCUCCAUGUGUUUGUAUAUGGCAGGCCUGAUGGGUUUUGUGUUCAGUCUUGUCAAAAAGCAUUACCUACAGCAGUUUACGCUGUUUGGCUGGACACAUGUCACUCUCCUAAUUGUGGUAACCCAGUCCCAUUUCAUUACAAACAACAUAUUUGAAGGACUUAUUUGGUUCUUCAUGUCUACAUCUCUUAUAAUCUGUAACGACAUCUGGGCGUAUAUCUUUGGCUUCUUUUUUGGCAAGACACCACUUAUAAAACUUUCCCCCAAGAAGACUUGGGAAGGGUUCAUUGGAGGAGCAUUUGCCACCUUGAUAUAUGGAAUAAUUGGCAGCUACAUCCUCAUGCAGUAUGAUUACUUUGUAUGCCCUGCAGAAUACUCUCCAGAGUUAGGCAGUGUGUCCAUGCAGUGUGAUCCAAGACCAAGAGUAUUCACACUUCAAGAGUACAACCUCCCACAAACUAUCAAAAAUAUUUUCUUUCUUUUUGGCAUUCCAAAGACCACUUACUGGACUUACCCAUUCUUCUUUCACUGCAUAGUCUUUUCUUUGUUUGCUUCUGUCAUUGGCCCCUUUGGAGGUUUCUUUGCCAGUGGUUUCAAGAGAGCUUUUAAAAUUAAGGACUUUGGGGACACCAUUCCGGGCCAUGGUGGGUUAAUGGACAGAUUUGACUGUCAGCUCUUAAUGGGGACCUUUGUUUAUGUGUAUAUAUUAUGUUUUAUUAGAGCUCCAAAUCCAAACAAACUAUUACAACACGUCAUGAUGCUCAAACCAGAGGAGCAGCUUGAUUUCUAUACAAAGUUAACUGAUGAACUUAUGAAGAGAGGUAUAUUAGGGCAGUGACAAAGAGAGAGAAGAAUUGGGGAUCAAAUGUAAAAAGUUUUUUAUAAGGCAGAAUCAAGGGCUAGAAGUUGAGCAAUCCAUCACAAAGAAAGAUAAAACAUGCACAAAUGACAGAAUGAAAAAGGAUGUCAGACUGUGAAUUAUAAAUCAUUCAUAUUAUGUCAGCACUGUAUGGUAAGAAGGUGCUGUUUUAGAUAUAGAAAUAAAUGUUUAUGUCCAUUCAACAUAUAAGGACAUUUUAAUGAGCUCAGUGAAUCAUUAUUUGUUGUAAGAGAUGUGUUUUAUU